GGAGAUGUUAAUCUCUGUGGCUCUGGGCCAGGUGUUAUCCCUUCUUAUUUGUGGAAUUGGCCUGACUAGCAAGUACCUGUCAGAAGAUUUCCAUGCCAAUACGCCAGUCUUCCAGAGUUUCCUCAAUUAUAUCCUUCUCUUCUUGGUCUAUACCACCACACUAGCCGUCAGACAAGGAGAAGAAAACCUCCUGGCAAUUUUACGACGAAGAUGGUGGAAGUAUAUGAUCCUGGGACUGAUAGACCUGGAAGCAAAUUACCUGGUGGUCAAGGCUUACCAGUACACAACUCUGACCAGUAUCCAGCUCCUGGACUGUUUUGUGAUCCCAGUUGUGAUUUUGCUCUCCUGGUUCUUCCUGCUGAUCCGGUACAAGGCUGUGCAUUUCAUCGGCAUUGUUGUCUGCAUCCUGGGAAUGGGCUGCAUGGCAGGAGCGGAUGUGCUCGUGGGAAGGCAUCAGGGAGCAGGGGAAAAUAAGCUGGUAGGAGAUCUUCUGGUCUUAGGAGGAGCCACACUCUAUGGCAUCUCUAACGUCUGGGAAGAAUACAUCAUCCGAACACUGAGCCGAGUGGAAUUCCUGGGAAUGAUUGGUCUCUUCGGUGCAUUUUUCAGUGGAAUCCAAUUAGCUAUAAUGGAGCACAAGGAGCUGUUAAAGGUGCCCUGGGAUUGGCAAAUAGGACUGCUCUAUGUUGGCUUCAGUGCCUGCAUGUUUGGUCUCUACAGCUUUAUGCCAGUCGUCAUAAAGAGAACCAGCGCCACUUCGGUUAAUCUCUCUCUACUCACAGCGGAUUUGUACAGCCUGUUCUGCGGGUUGUUUCUCUUCCACUACAAGUUUUCCGGACUUUAUCUCCUGUCGUUCUUCACCAUCCUCAUUGGGCUGGUGCUGUACUCCUCCACCUCCACGUACAUAGCCCAGGACCCCCGAGUGUACAAGCAGUUUCGCAAUCCUUCAGGACCUGUGGUGGACUUACCAAACGCAGCUCAGGCGGAGCCUUCAGUCACCUACACCAGCCUGGGCCAGGAAACCGAAGAGGAGCCCCACGUUCGUGUGGCCUAGGGUGAGGCCUAUCCUGCCCACUGAGGACAACUCGGUGGCCGUGUGUUCACCCAUCAUCUCUGUAUUGUACAUAGAGAAAGGUAUUUACAAGGUGCAGUUUGCACAGAUGGCCUGCCAGGUAGCAAAUCCUUCAAAAGCCUGUAAAAGAACAAGCUAAACAUCACUGGAGACACAGGCUCCAAUCCACCUGACCUGGAGAGAUAGAUGCCUAGCUAGUCUGUAUCCUGAUCACAAGCCCCCCGCAUCGAUUACUGUGAACAUUUUUGAAUCAAAAGCAAGUAUUAUUGUUAUGAUUGUUUGUAUUAUUAUUGUUACUAUUAUUACACCAACUUUCAGGAGGAUGUUUUGUACUCCUGAUGGGAACUAUUGGCAGACCCACAUGUAGUCAACAUAAAUCCCACUUUUCUAAGGGAAGUCACUUUUUAAGAAUCAUACUUUAUUUUUUUGCACAGACUAUAUGAGUGAUGCAUGCCACAGGAGCUCCACCCCUGAGAAAUUUCCUUCUAGGGAACUGGUGGCCGAUGGUUUCCUCUGUUACCUGUUGGAUUGCCUGCCUGCUCAAUAAGUAUUUUGCGCUGUGACCCUUGUGGGGAGGGGCAACUGACCAUAUAAUUCUCUAUUCUAGGAAUAGAUAUAAAACAAACAUUUUAGCCUUUUUAUAUUUCAAUCUCUGAUUACUCCAGGCCAUUGCCUUCCUGUUGUGCCACAUGAUUCUGCUAAUCAAGUCCCUGUAAUAACAGGAUAAGGACUGUUCCAUUUCUGUGGCUUAUGGAAAACCCCAGAAAUAAUAUAAUUUGUGUUUUGGGUAAUAUAUUUUUUAAAAAUCUUUCUGACCCUCCCUAUAUAUUGUCUUCAAAAACCAUUUUUUAUUUUACCUUUUUUUUUUUUCUAGAUUUCUGUAGUGAUAAUUUGGAAAUUAAUCAAGGCACUGGAAAAAGCCGUGGUUUUCUGCCCGCUUAUUUGUGUGACUCCCUUUUUGAAAUAGACUAGCACGUAAAGUACCCUUAUUGCAGAGUAUCACUGAUUGUGCCACCUCUUAACAAAGUCAAGGUGCCGAUAUGGAGCAGUCUCUGAAAAUAGCCUAAUUGAUCCGGCCACUUUGUAGUGGUAAAGAUGUCACCAUUGAAAAGGUCUGGCAUUUCGGUCAUAUUUGGCAUUCAUUCAAUAGCAGAAUAUAUUGAUACAACAUUCUUAGGGAUACAGAGAAUAUUACAGGGUCCUGAUAAGGCUUUGAGUGAUUUGUCACUAGUCUAAUCUGUUGCCCUUAAAAUAGCCCUUUUUCAAACACAGGAAACUAGGAAACACCACAGACCUCUGUAAUUUAAAAUAGAUUCUGUGUGUCAGUAUGUGAAGUACUCUUUAAGUUUGGCUGCCUUCAAUACCUUCCAUAAAGAUCCUUGAUGGAGUUACACAGUUUGUAAAGGAAAAAUAAAUGUUUAUGAAACUUUGAGCAAUUCAAAUCAAUACAAGCAUACUUCAAAAAGUUUGUGAAAAAAUAGAAUUAAAAGAUAGUGGGAAUCUUUCCAUGAACUUUUUGAGGUAUCCUCUUGUAUCUUAAGCAAGCAAGCAAAGCAAAACACCAGUGGGGGCUCUGCAAAGUAGAAGGACAGACUGCAGUGCAGUCAGGACUCCCAAAGAGCCUGUGCGAGGCCUCAAUAUGGCAGGCGAAAGCAUCCCAUGGUGUCCAUCAGCACCCACAUGGCCUGUCUGCUUGCCUUCUACACAGGGUGGGUGCCACCCUUGGAGAUGGGGAAGAAAAACUGUCUUCUCUGAUAUGCAGAUUUCAUGGUCAUCUCAGUUCAGCCCCCUUAGAAACAUGUUUUAUUUUCUUUCGGGGGGGAAAGAAAUCAAUGUUAAAGCUAUAUCAAAUUAAAACAACUUUGCCAACAUCUGCUC